GAAAAGAGACGCCGAGAUCCACAACAGGAAAAAAGUGGUCAAGACGAACAACUAAACAGCUCUUUUAAUGAAGACGGAACCAGCAGACUCCGUUUUAACGCCGGUUUACAACACUUCGGCUGUCCAGCCAUCGCUGGCAGGCGGUCGGGGCUUCAUCAGGUAUCCUCCUCUGAUCUGUGUUAAACCUUCGUAACAUCCGUCCCAGUGGAACUGAAGCUCCAUGGUCAGCAGUCUAAUGAGGGAAAGAAAUGCAAAACAGCCGGCUUGCUGAUUGGGUGGAGAAAACUGUCAACACGCACACGCAGAGGAUGGAGGAAGUACAAACACACAAGGGAGUAGUGACAGUUUGAUGGAUGCGCUGUGAUGCUGCUGGAGGACUAAUAUCUCAUUAGGGAGCAUCUAGAAUAUCUUUCUAUGCCGAUAAGCCUGUCCUGAGCUCCACUUUCCAUAAAUACAUAUAUAUAUACUUUCAAGAGAGCCGGUAUUGCUUUCUUCUUUUUUUUUUUCCUUUUUUUUUUGCAGCUUUCCCCCUUCACCCUUCCAUCCCUUUCCCAAGACUGUGCACAGCUAAAACACAAGCUCCUCUCUUCCAAGAGGCUGAGAGGUUGCCAUGGCAACUGUUGUUGUGCUACCGAUGUAGAAGUCCAGAAAGUGGCAGUUGUGGCGGUAGUGGUGGAGCCGGAGGAGGACGCAUUGGUGAAUGUCCAGGGAUGGGAAGUGCUCCGUAUCCUGCCGGUGAGUGGAAAGAGAAGGGGCGAGGUGGCCUGCAGGAGCUGGGCUGCAUGCCGUGGAAGGUCAGCAAACAGAAAGGAGGAGGAGGAGGAGCAGGAGGAGGAGGAGGAGGAGGAGGGGAAGUUGCAGUGGGAGAAGGAGCAGAGAAGAGGUGCAGGGAUCCCAAAGAUAUUCAGCAGCCUCAGCAAGAACUCUCAUCCUCCUCUUCCUCCCUCACCGCACCAGCUCCUCCCAGACCUUCUUUGACAUCUCCAGCAAUUUAUCAUGAGAAGCAGCGGAGGGAACUUUGCGCACUACAUGCGCUUAAUAACGUCUUCCAGGAUGGGACAGCCUUCAGUCGGGACACGCUGCAGGAGAUAUACCAAAGGUUAUCCUCAAGCACUAUGGUGACACCUCACAAAAAGAGCAUGCUGGGAAAUGGGAACUAUGAUGUGAACGUCAUCAUGGCUGCACUGCAGACCCGAGGGUUUGAGGCAGUUUGGUGGGAUAAAAGAAGGGAUGUACGCACCAUCGAGUUGUCCAACGUGGAGGGCUUCAUUCUGAACGUACCGUCCAAUCUGCGCUGGGGACCUCUCCGGUUGCCGCUCAAACGCCAGCACUGGAUCGGAGUGAGAGAGGUGGGAGGGAUUUACUACAACCUGGACUCCAAACUACGCAACCCUCAACCCAUCGGCAAUCCCGACGAGCUCAGGAAGUUUCUCCACCAGCAGCUGCGAGGGAAGAACUGUGAACUCCUCUUGGUGGUCUCAGAAGAGGUGGAGAACCACCAGACGUGGCGGUCUGACGGCUGAGGGUUGGAACAGCCAGUCACAGCUUGAUGUGGGCCUGUUGCAGUAUGAACGGGAGCGGAUGUAACGUUGUGUCUACAGCCAAACACAAUGACGCACACUAGCAGUUGUUUUUCACCCCCGCCUCUUUUCUUGUGCUUUGUUUACACAGCCGUUACUGUACACUAUUGGAUGUAAGAUACAAUGAAGGAGGCAAAUACAGGGAGACUCAAAAAAAAAAAAAAACACAGUCCUUUCUCGUAACACAUCUAAGACUUGUAAAAUGUUACUUUUUUCCUGCUUCUGAUGUGUUUUUAUACAUAUUGAUGCAUAUUUUUCAGUGUAAGCAUUGAUUAUUUUUCUUCUUCUUUUUAUUUUUAAAUUUCCAAACUUGUGGGAGUUUAGGCUUUAAGAAAAAUGCUGACUUUACAUGCCUGAGCCUUGGAGUGAGUCUCCCUGCUUAGGCUACGGUGUUCACUGAUGUGUCCUUGUGUUGUCUUCAUGUUGUGACUCAAUCUCUGUUCUCACUCUGUGUUUCCUUCCUAGCAUCAGUGUCACUGGAUCUCACUCCUCUUUUCUAUUUCCUCUUCAUAUUAUAGGUCAAAAUAGGUGGUUUAUCACUUAGCCAGCGUUGUAUUUCGGCACUUCCCAAACAUUUCUCGUAUGGACUGAGCCUUUACUGUAGAGUCUUUGUCAAAACAUCAGUUUUAUAUGGCAACAAAACAAUGCAACGCUCAGCCAAGUACUCCCUCUCGUGGAUGUUGGCCUCUACCUGCUUCUAAGGAAGAAGUAGCCAUUCAUCCAGUCUUUUUAAAUUGUCCUUGCUGGAACGGCUCCAAUAAAGUGAAGUCUGUCAGUAUUGCACUAUUCACAAUUAUUGCCUAUAAGUAAAAAAAAUCAUUCUGUAUCACCGUGUGAGAAUCAACAAUUUAGUUUUAGUUUGUUCAUAUGAUAAUAAUCCAUUUACUGUAGGUUAAUACUGGAAGUCUAUGUAUCUUUCUUAUAAAAACGAAUGCCCCGAAAUCUAGAUGAUGAUUUUGUAAUAAGGCAAAAAAAAACAAAUCUGUAUAAAUUUAAGCACUCUAAUAGAACAGUAUCAGUCUUCACCAACUCUUGACUUUUUUUGAGGUAUUAAAUAGUAUUACAUGUGGCUGGAGAUCUUGCUGUUUAAACUAGAGCAGUGAAUUGUGGUUCCAAAAGUAGAAUAAGUUCAAACUUCUGCCCCUAUAGAAGUGUGUAUUCAUUUUCAGAUUGUGGAAAAGCCUGAUUAAGCGGUUAAAAAAAAAUAGAGGAAAAUAACAGUCUAAAAGACAGUUUGUUAACUCAUCAGUGAAAUAUAUCAAAAUCUGAUUUAUUUAUUUUUGUUUAUGUUUAAGCAAAACAAGCCAUUUAAAGCCAGAAAAUAUACACUUGUUUAUCUGGAAUCAUACUGAGGUGAUUCAUCCAGAAAAUAGUUAGCUGAUUAAUGGAUGUUGAAACUCCUUCUUCUCAUUUUGUGGAGAUAUUUGUCAGAAACUCUGUUUUUUUGCAAUAGAGAAUAUAAUAUUGUAUAUAUCUCCAGAGUAAGUAGUUUGACUUGAAGUUUCAGCAACAAGAAUUGGCUGGAUAAAGACACCCCCCCCCCACACACACACACACACACACACACAGUGUCACCACCACAGCAGCCAUCUGUAGCACAGGAGCUCCAUGGAUACAGGGCUUCUCCUCUAAAUCACCUUUUGUGAAAGCAGCCAAACCCCAACACUACGAGGGAGUCAGUACGUUUUCCACCAGGUCAUAUACAGUAAUCAGUGUUCUUUUUAUGGGUGAAGCUUUAGUGUUGGGAGGAUUUAAGACACAUUUUGCGAUUGGGUUUUGUGAAAUGAGCCUUAUUACCUGAGAUUCAGUUUUUGUAGCUUUCAUAUUCAUCAACUUAAUGGUUAAAGUGCUUGUACAGUAGAUGUAUGACAAUAUUGGCCUUAACUUGUUUACAUAAAAAUGUGUUGAUUGGAAUGGUUUAGGGGGACUGUGCAUUUUGGGACCAUUUCACAAGAUUAAAUAUACAAAGAACCACUGUAUCACACGUGGAGAGGAGAAACAGCUGAUGCUCAGUCAUUACACGGAGCAACUCUGCUUUAAUGAUGUUUUUGCUUUUUUAGUCUGACUUUCAUUAACAAGCAACAGUGGGAUAUCAGUGGUGCAUGUCUUAUCUGGAAAUGACAUUUCAAUGCUCCAGCCGUGUCUGUAAACCUUUGUCACACUAUGUCCAAGUAGAACUGAACCAGCAGAGCAAUUGUUAAGAGUUUCGAACCCAGUCACAUCAUGAACUGUGUCACACAUUUGCAUUCAGCAUUUGCUUUAUUGCCAUGACAAUCCAGUCAGUCCUUUCUGCAUAAGGGGUUCUGAUUGUCACUGUAUUUUAUUUUUUCAUAAAAAUAAAAUGCUCAUACUGGCACUACGUACACGCUGAAGUGUGGGUAUAUUACAUGUCA